CGUCACCUCGACGUUUCUUGUCAAUUUUCUAUCCAUGGGUUUGCAGAUUUGCUUUUUCAGUCUGUUAUUAUAACAAUUAAGGCAUACGAAUCCUCUGAAAACAUACUGUAUUGUGGAUGUUACAAACUCUGACUGUUGCUUUUGAAAAAGAAACGCACGUGCGUAAGAGUUGCAUGCACGUUUGUGACCUCGCUUAGUCACUUCGUUUCCCAAUGUAUGAAUAUACUGAUGCAAAACUGUGACAUUUUAAGAUUGAAAAGCACAGAGCACGAUACAAUUUCGAAGAUUACACUUUGCUCAAUCUUAAUCCACAUACAUACGUGCAUGAUAGUGAACAUUUAUCACAUAAGGAUUUCUUCAGAAAACAAUUUGUUUUGAACUAAAAAUAGCUCUGAAUAAUGUCAAAAUCUGUUAGUGGUAAACGUAAAACUAAAGGAAAGAAAACUAAAGCAAAGGACCCUGUGAAUGAGGUAUUAGAAAAAACACAGGAAGACGUAAAAAACUUGCGGGAAGAAGUAAGCAGGAAAAUAUUUAUUGCAGAAAAUGCAGAAAAUCGUCGCUAUCAAGCAUAUACUGAGAAAUUGGAGUCUCUAAGAAAUUAUAAUGAAUUGAAAAAGUCAACACAAAACCAUACUGCUUUCCUAAUCACAGAAAACGAAAUAAAAGUAACCAAUCUUCGAGAUGAAAUAGAAAAAUUAACCACAAAACUAGAUGAGGCCAAUAAGCUAAUUGAGAUAAGAAAUAAUGAACUGAAAAAUUUACGUCAAGAAUUCCUAAAUUGUAAGGCAGAAAAAGAUUCGAAAAUCAGCACAUUAGAACAAAAAUUAAAAGAACAAGCUGCAUUAUUUCGUGACGUUAUGUCACAAGCGUUCAAUCAACUAAUUGAACAACUAAUUAUCGACUAUGAAAAUGUUCAUAAUAACUACAAAAUAUUUUCUCAGCCUACAAAUGAUCUAAUAGAAUUGGAGUUUUUAAAUCCACCGUUUUUAGAUGAAGAAUCUGUUGAAUAUAUAUAAUUACCUAUCUAGAUAUAUACAGUGAUGUAGGAAUUUUCUCAACAUAUUCACAAGGAUAUUUUCUAAUUAGCAUUUGUGAAUAAUUUAUGUAAAAAUAAUUCCUGUAUAAAAAGAAGCCACAAUUCUGCUACGACAUUUAUUUAUUCUUUAAUAAGACCCGUAAAAGGGAGGAAUUGUAUGAAACAUAACUGCACUGUUUUGACAGAUGUUAAACUAUUUUCAAUAGCAAAAUAUCUUUGAUUAAUUCUUGAAAAAACAACUAGUCUGUGAAGUUGUUAUUGGAAAAAUGCAACUCAUCCAGAA